AUGGAGUUUGAGCAGCUCGAGGUGGGCAAGAAAUGCCUCCUAAGGGCCAUCACGUGGCAGGAUGUGGCGGACUACUACGACAUUCUGCAUCCCAAAGUACUUCUCGUGUCGCACUUCAAAUACCCGCCUUCGCCACCCACCGUCUCCGACACGAUCCCCGUGCUCGCGCAGGCCAAGCGGAGGAUUGCGGCGGCAGCAACAGCAAAGGCUUCCAACAAAAAAGGACCAGGACCAAAGAAAACAACCAUACCAACAAGUGUAACCCCAAUAUCAGCCGCAACAGCAGCAACAAUGGCAACCGCAAAGAAGGGCAGCAGAGCCACUGCUGCGAGCACCGGGUCACUGGCUAGAGAAGGACGCACGAGGUCCAUGCACCUCCAGGAGGGUGGGCCAUACGAUGUAGACGUUGUGGAGGGCCCACUCCUCGCAACGGAGCGGCUGUACACCAUUCUGCAUUGGCUGAACCAGGGUUCCUACAUCACAGAUACGACGGUGGAGAUGGAGGCACGCAAGGUGAUACUGCAAGAGUCCGAGGUACUGCCACCACCACCACCGCCAAAGAGCGAGGCGGAGCGGUACGCGCAGCUUGGCCGGCAGCACACCGACCGAAACCAGCGCCUCAGCCGACUCAUCGUGACGUUUGGACGGGAGUUGCUGCUGUUCCGCGACGAGUGCUACUUCGAGGACGGUGUCAUCGUCACAGUACAUCGGUUCAUGCUCACGACGCAGGAGAUGCUCGCGCUCGCCGGCCUCACCAACUACCAACAGCAGCCGCAGACACAGAAGCGGAUUGAGGCCAUGCAGGAGGAGCGCAACAGCUUCUACUCCACUAAGAAGACACGCGUGGAUGUAGGCGACCACGCAUCGCUGCCGCUGCUCGACUUCACCUUCUGCGACAUCACCGAGCCGCUGCAGCUGCUGCGCGUGCGGCCCGUCGCCGGCAAGAGGCAUAAGAAGCGUGAGUUGCAGCCUGCUCUCGACCCACGUGUCGCGCAGGGUGUGUUUGUUAACCAGCAGAGCGACCCAACGCGGCCGCAGAAGGAACAGCGCGUGAUCGUGAAGGCGCGCAACAAGCAGGGCGACGAGGAGGUGUACGAGUUCGUCGAGAGCGCCAAAUCGCGCUACGGAUUUCUGCACGACGUGAAUGGACACGCGGAUAAUUCCCUGGAGAGUCUCGCUGACAAGAUGGAGGCGACGUACGCUGCGACAAGCGUGCGCAUCUCUGGAUGCAGCAUGGGGUCGACGGAGCUGCUCGUGCCGGUGCUGCGCCGGCUUGUGGUCAAUGCCAUCAUGACCCUCCGCUCACUGGACUUGAGCAAUAACCGCAUCAGCGUCCUGCCGGACUUCUCGCUGCUGCCGCUGCAGCGCCUGCAGCUGCACCAGAACUGCAUCUCAGACUGGGCACAGGUAGAGAAUAGAGUGUGCCCGCUUCCGCUGCUCUGCGCCGUGACGCUGCACGGCAACCCCAUAGCGGAGAACGACCCACACUACUGGCAAUCGGCGUUGGCGCGGCUGAUGCGGCACCCGAACCGCGCUGUGCGACUGCGGCAGCUUGACUUUGUGACGCUCACCGGGCAGGACUACAACACGGCCGGCGCAUUUGAGCUCUUCGAGACGGGCGACCCGAGGCUGCUGAAGGCAUCGAUGGGGGCCGCUCCUGGUAUGAACGGCGGUGGCGCUAUGUAG